GGCCGAAUACUACGUCACGGGAGAAACGUGCAGCGCCGCAGACGCGUCCGACCGGUGACGUCGACGACUAUCGCGGCCCACCGAGCCGGUCCGGCCGGAUGCCUGACGAGCAACAUCGCGGAGAAGCCGACCGACACCCGCCGCAACAACGCUUGCAGUCUUAUAAGCGUCCAUGUCUGUGAUCGCAUCGCUCGCUUCUCCUUCCGUGAGCCUGCCCGGUCACGAUGGAAUUUGCUUGUGAUUUCGUCUACGUGCCUCCAUCAACGAGUCCAAAGGACCACCAUCAAGCCAACGGCAUCAAGCGCUCAGCGCUUCUCCCCCCCACCAGCUGGGUCCGUCCCGUCAGGGCGCCCCCCCCUCCUCCCGUCGAGGUCAAGUCGGGUCGGCCGCCUCCCGCCAAAGCCAGCGAACACCCGGACAGGAGCAAGCGGGAGGAGACGGCGGCUUUGGCGCCUUGCUUCUAUGACAACGUUGUCUCGGAACUCAAAUCUCCCAAACGCUUGACGCCCACCCGAAAGACAGCUUUGCUUCCACCCCACCUGAGACGUUCGCCCUCCCCCGACCAGCGCGAUGAGUCAAUCUACGACGACCGAGGCUCGCGGUCGUCCUCGGACACGGACUGCGCACCAAACAUCCAGGAAGGCGGCGACCUUGACUGGAAUGCGCCCACGCGGACAGCACCCUCUGCGCCUCCUCUUCCUCCCCGACCUUCCCUCAUAAAGAACAUGCCGGAAUAUGUGGUGCUUCUGCCCACAUCCUCCUCCGCCAAAAAGCCGUUCCUGUGCCCGCCUCCGGCCGCGCCACCUCCAGCGUCCACAGACAACAAGGAGCCCCUGCCCGGAAACCCCAACGUGAUCCUCGUCAGUUUGGGAAAGCUGCUAUCGGAUAAAGUGCAGCACACACAAGGAAAACCGAAUCCCUGCUCCCGGUGUGGUUCUGUGCUGGACUCCACCUACGACAACCUGACCAACGGGUGUUACUUCUGUGUGCCGCCUGAGCGCAGCACCCCCCCGAGCGCCGGUCUGCACCACGGCGUGUUCGUGCUGAGCUCCGCCGAAAACCUCCCGACCGCUUCCCAGCCUCUGCUCAUCUUCUGCAUCGACAUCUCGGCCUCCAUGAGCAUCACCUCUCAGGUGUUGGCAGGUGAGCAGUCGGUCCACAGAUCGCGCCUGGAGUUUGUGCAGGAAGCUGUUUUGUUAUGUGUUCAGAAACUGAACAAACAACAGCCCGACACACCCGUGGGGCUCAUCACCUUUAACUAUGAGGUGACUGUACACGGAUACGGAGAUUUCCCGUCCCGCGUCCUGAGCGGCGAUGAGUUGAUGGACAGCGACUAUCUGAAAGUGGCCGCCACGGUUUUCAACACGCCGCCGCCGCUGUCGCACACAAGGCACCUCCUGGAGAAGCAAGUCACAGCGUUGUCUGCCAAGGGCACGACGGCACUGGGCCCAGCAGCUCUUGUCGCCGUCACGAUGGCCUCCAGACACCCGGGCUCCAAGGUGAUCAUCUGCACGGACGGGAAGGCCAACACCACGUUGGGGAAUCUGGAGGUGGAGGACAACGACGCACGGUCGCUCCUGUCGUCCACCAUCUUCUACCAAGAACUCGGGGAAAAUGCCGCCAAUCAGGGCGUGACCGUGUCAGUGCUCUCCAUAGAGGGAACGGACUGCAGGCUGGACGAGUUGGGAAGACUCUCAGAUCGCACAGGAGGGAAAGUGGUGAUCGCUAAUCCCAACAUGCUGCAGUCGGAGUUUGAGCAAAUUAUCGAGAACAACACCAUCGCCACACAGUGCACCGUCACGUUGAUGCUGCCCAAAUCCAUGCGUAUGAGAGGCGAGAAAGAGGCGGGACACAAAGCGGAAAGAAAGGUGGGAAAUGUGCACCUGGGUAAAGAAAUCACCUUCCAGUUUGUGGCCAACCAGGGGGAAGCGUCGUCGCCGGCGUCGGGCAGCACCGUCUCGGUCCAGCUGCAGCUCCGGUACACACGGAGGAACGGAUGGCGGAUGCUGCGAGUCUUCACCAUGACCCGAAACGUCACCCGUGAAAGCCUGGUGGCGCUGUCCUCUCUGUCUCUGCCCAUCAUUCAGCUGAACUCCUCGCAGGCCAGCGCCGCCCUAGCCGUCCGAGGGCGCUUCGUGGACGCCCGGCGCGAGAGCGAGCAGCAGAUGAAGCUCAUCGAGAGAGUGAUAGAGCACAACCGCAGCGCGGAGGACACACAGACGUACAAGGAAUGGGUCAUCACCAUGGAGCCGAUUUACAACAACAUCUACAACUUCACAAGGGUUAAAUCCGUCGUCUCUGACUCACAGUCCCUGACGGACGCUGGCGCGGCGCUGCUGUACGCCAUGAAGCAGAGCAACAGGAAGACCAUCAUGAUCAAGAAUCACCAGAACCUUCACUUUUCACCCCAUUGGAAGCAGUCCAAGUACUGAAAGGCACGCAAAUUGCUGCUGAGCCGAGCCGCGUUCACUUUAGCAAUCCUUGCCAGUUACACGAACGAGUGCUGUACAGUGUGCAGGACAGCAACAGACUUGAGCGACAAAAAUGACGUUCUCGCCGGAGAAAAAUUGAUUUCCACGUGUAUUUUCCUCGCCCGCUUUGUACAAUUAAAUGACAAUCUAGUAUGUAAAAGUGUAGAAUGUGUGCACUUGUUCUUAAGUGUACACACCAGCGAUGGACAGAUUCCAGUACGGCUUGAAGUACUACAUAUUUUAAGUCUUGGCACGUUUUCGGCGUCAAUCGUCUUGAAAAUAUCUAGAAUGCAUUUCGAAACAAUUCAACUAUAAAAAUGCACAUGAGGA